AUGGGGUGCGACGCUGGAAGGUUUGAGAGCAUCAGUGUGCCGGAAGAGGAUGGAGGAGAGGGAACACCUCCGAGGGCGGGAACUUACGAAGCUGUGGCCAUAGAAGAGAAACUGGCGCCCUACGCAAGCCAGAUCGCAUCUAGGGACUCGUACACCAACUAUCUCCGCUCGCGUUUGGCCUCCACCUCGUCUGAGUUGGACGAAGCCAACGAGCGCGAAAUCGCCGUGAGCCGCUGCCUGGACGUCGUCGCGAAGAACUGGCAGGACGAGACACCCGAGCGUCAGCUUAAACGGGCAGCUUCCACGAAGUAUCUCCACGAGCUGGAGCUGGCGAAACGAUGCAUUGCGGAGCUGCAAGGCGAAGUGUCGUCGGCGAAUGAGGCUAUAGCGGCACAGAUGAGGGACUUUGGUGAAUGA